UUACUGUUUCGUAGUUGAAAAGGUUUGUCAGAGAGAGAACAGGGACUAAAGUGUGUGUGUGUGUGUGUGUGUGUGUGUGUGUGUGUGUGUGUGUGUGUGUGUGUGUGUGUGUGUGUGUGUGUGUGUGUGUGUUACCAGGUUGAUGAGUUGGGUGUGUACAAUGUCCUCCACCAGAGCAGCAGUCUCAUGUAGGGGUCUGCGAGCAUCUCCCAGAGCAAACCUAGAACACGCACACACACACACACACACACAUGUGACGGGUUAGAAACACACACACACACACACACACACAGACACAGGAUGCAGGCUCUGUUCUAGUAGGUGAGGUUGAGGGAUGUGGUGUAUCUCUAUGCAAAGGUUGGGUUAAACACCUGAGUGUCGGUGAGUGUGUGACGGCAGUGAUGUCAUAGUCAGAUUAAUGUGGUUCGUCGAAUGAGGGUGGAGCAAGGCAGUAUGGCGACCACGCUGUGGUGCGAACGCCAUCACACACACCGCUCCAGGACCACAGAACCACAACGCAGACCGUCUUAGCGUGGCAGACCAGGACCCGACCACACAACGACCCUUCGUCACUACGGUCAACCUACUGCUGAAACUAGCUGGUUACUCUGUGAUACACUGUUGUCAUGGCAUCCAACAGCCUCUUCAGCCCGAGUCAACACAACCUCUACUGGGAUCCCCAGAUCACUAGCCGUAGGUUCAGUCCACCGCUCCAUGUUAAGACCAGAGAUGGGACAGUGGGAGUGACAGCUCAGCAUGAGGACAGUGGCCCCCGGAGUACAGGGGACAUUCCUGCUGAGUUCAGGCCCACCGACAGCCCCAACUUCCUGGUGUCCAGCCUCCCCGCACACUGGCGUUGCAACAAGACUCUGCCACGUGCCUUCACGGUGGUUGCCCUGGGUGAUGUAAGUGACGGUGUUCUAGUCACGGUGAUGGCAGGGAAUGAUGAGAACUGUUCAGCUGAGCUACGGAACGCCACCACGCUGAUGACAUCACGCACAGCACGCUUCAAUGACCUCCGCUUUGUAGGACGCAGUGGGAGAGGUAAAAGCUUUAAUCUGACCAUAACCGUGUUCACCAGUCCUCCCCAGGUGGCCACGUACCACAGAGCUAUCAAAGUUACUGUAGAUGGACCUAGAGAGCCACGCCGUCACAGGCAGAAGCUGGAGGUGGGUCCAAAAACAGGGCUUUUCAGGGUUGCCAUGCCGAUGCAGAGUCUCCACCCCCUCAACAACAUCACCAACCCUCCAACAAGAGCCUUCCCUCUCUCAGACUCUAGGCCCCUUUCCUCCCCCCCCUGGACCAAUGAUCAAUCUUACCCCUUUUCAUCCUCAAGAACCACUGGCCUCUCAGGUGUGUGUGACCUGGCUGCUGGGUUUGAUCGCCCGUUUCCCCCCCUCUCCUCAUUCUCGUCCACUCCCAGAAUGCACUUCUCCUCCUUCCCCUACUCCGUCACCCCCCCUCCACCCCCGUACCUGCCCCCACCUUUCCCCACUCUCCCCCCCCACUCCCACAGUGGACUCUUCCAGCCCAGCAGCAGCCCCAUCCUCUACUAUGGAGCCUCUGCCGGGACCAACCACUACAUCUCACUGCCAGAGGGGGACAGGACAAACCACUUUACCUCUGGGCCGGGAGGAGACCAGGCCCCCACUGCCGGGCUGGCCAAUCAAACAGAGAGUAGGGGGGAGGAGCCUGUGUGGAGGCCAUAUUGACUCGGACAGGAUGGUGCAAUCAAUCAAUAAAUCAAUCAAGAAUCAAUCAAUCAAAACCUGAUGGUUAGUGUUUUACGCCUGUGUCUUUACAUUUAUAUUUGUUCCCAUUAAUCAUACUAAGAUGCACUACGUAGCUCUAUGUAGUUCUAUGUGUGUGUUUUAUGUACUCGUACAAAAUGUACUUCUGAGUUUUAUGGUUAUGUAGUGUUAUUUUAUGGUUAUUGUUGGUAAUGGGUAGGCUUAUUAUCGGUUAUCAGGUAUGUUUGGUCGAUUGUGUUUUAUUUUAUUGUCUGAUGCCAAACAGUUAUCUAUGAAAUUACAAAAAAUGAUAAAUGAAUAGCUAAUGGAUUGAAUAAUAUGUAAUUAAUUUAAUCAAAUAAAGGAUUGGUUUAAUGAA